GACAGAAGCACCUUGCAGGGUUUGACAGGAUCGCUUGAAACGACUCCCGUAUAAAUAGCUCGCAUUCUACCUCCAAAAUUUCCUAUCUCUUCCUGAGAUUCCUAGUCUUUCAUCUUCUCUUCGUCCUCACCGAACGACCUCACUCCCACUCUAUACCAAACGACCCUCUUUUCAUAACUAAAUCUGAAAAUGCGUUCCUUCACUUUCUUCGCCACCCUCGCCGCUGCAGCUCUCUCUUUGGCUGCUCCCCUCACCAACGGCUACCCUGAUGACUCUGCCGUUGCUGUUCGAGGCGGAGACCGUACUGUCCCUGAUGUCCUUGUUGACUUGGUUGCCAAGGUCAAGGUUGAUCUUGAUCCCUUCCAUUAUAUCACGAAGGACAACUGCACCUACGAUAACGUUGCCCCUGUCGUUGUCAAGGUCAAGGUCGAUAUCCAACUCGCCAUUGACGAGUGCACUUCGAUCAUCCACAACCACGGUGUCUACGGACAAGAUGGCAACAUUCCUACCGGUGUUCUUGCCGUCAUCCUUUCGGUCGGAGCAAAGGUUUGGGUCUCGAUCGACAUCGCUGGGAUCCUUGCGAAGCUCCUCCUAGUCAUCUGCGGCGCGCUUCAUCUCGUGAUUAAAGUUGUCGCUGAAGUCGACAAGAAAGUCAUCUUCGGGCUCCUCGUCGAAGUCCUUGUCCUGGUCUGUGCAUUGCUCAAGAUUGUCCUCGGUCUCCUCGCUGGCAUCCUGGCCUGCCUCCUUCCUUUGAUCAUCGAUAUCAAGGUUGUUGUCGACCUCCUCGGCUGCCAUGAUAUCUUCGCUGCUAUUGGUAUCUACCUCCUCUAAAGUGUUGAAUGAUUGUCGUUCGCCAUACUAUGGAGACGAAGAAUUAAGAGAUGAAUGAUGGACUUGGUUUCUUUUCCCAAUACCCAUUACGUUGAACUUUAUGUCUCUUAUUCUACGGUCGUUUUUUGUGUAUGCGGUGACCAGCUAUACGAAC